AUGCUGGUAUGCAUCGCAACCUAUAUCCUGCACCAGGCUCUCGGCUUCGGUCCGAAUCUUCUCAAACGCACCUCUGACCCUUGCAGUCGCUUUCUCUUGGACCAGCCAAAGCUUUAUUACCGACAUGAGUCCCUUGUUCAAUUGCAGUGUCUCCUGCCUGAUCGCCACCAUUCUAUCUGGCUGCACAAUGUCAUUCGACUCACCUCGGGGCCCGUGCUCCCGCCUCCUGCCGAGCUGUUGCAGCUAUUACGGGACAAAAGCGGGAGCUGCUCGAAUGCAGACUCGGCCAAGGUGGAUCCAAACAUUUGCUUGAUCGAUCUGUGUCAGCCAGACGCUCCAGGCUCUGAGAGCGCUGCUGAUUACCGAAACACCCUGCUAGCUGCGGAUGAUUUGACGACCUCAAUACGCCUGCCACUGCGUCAUCUCCUUCAUGUCAUGGGUCAUCGCGAUGCAGCAGCGACCUUGCAGAGUCUUCUAGAUCGCAGACGGAAAAGCCUCGAUCAAGAAGUACCCACCAUCUUUCUUCUUGUUGCUGACCGCGAUGCUGGCGAGCUCGUGCAGGCGGCGUUUUUGCUGUGGGUCUGUCUGUGCGCCCCAGCAGAUUCCGCCAACCCCGAUGCAUUGGCCUGGCUUUAUGAACAUUACACUCCAACUCAGCGCCAGGACUUGGCCACGCACUUUGGCGUUCUUGGCUUUCUCCAGGGCACUCCAGACCCUCUCAAGUCGCUGGCGCCAUGGUUAAAACUUUUGACGGACGACAGCCAUCUUUCGCCUUCUCUGCGCAUCUUGCUUGCUAGUCCAACGGAGGCAGAUAUUCUUCCCCAACAGGAAGCGCACAAGAUCCGACAACUGCGCUGCCUAACUCUGGAGCGGCCUCGCCACGAGGAGGUACCGGUGUGCGUGACCACGCGUCGCUAUCGCCAAGGACGAUCGGAUAUCCUCGUGCAAUGCCCAUGGGCUGUGCGCGUUGAGGGGCUCUAUCUGCGGGUGCCAGACCUGCAUUGGAAUGAGGCCGUGACGUGGCAAGUCAUUGGUUGUACUGGUACGACCCAGCAAGUGCUCGGUACUAUUCGAUUACCAAACCGUGUGACCAAACGCACGUGGAUUUUCCCUUUGCGCCCCCUUGAGGAUCGCUGCUAUCACGAGCUGCGCUUGCGGAGCACCGAUGUGGGUGAUGACGACGUUCGGGAGGUCGGACUCUUGGCGAGUGCUACGGAUGCUGCCGGCCAAGCGACCCGCCCCGGUUGGCACCGUCCGUGGCGCGUCAUGACAGCCGAAUCUGUCGUUGGCAUUUGGCUGGCUAAUAUGCAGCCCGCCGCCAGCAGCGCCGCAGAUCAGACGCAGGUGGAUGCGCAGCUGUGGUGGCUUUUACACCACGAGCAUGUGGCUGGCUCAUCAAAAGCAAUGAUCACCGUCCGACUCUGCGGACUGGUCGGGCCGAUGCACUUGACUGUACGCCCAGCCAGAGAUGCAGCCAUGCUCGAGGGCUGUAGAUGGCGCGUUUGGAUCGGAAACAACGAGGAUCAGGCCCAAGCCCUGCACGCUGAUGCGUCGCUACCGAUUGAGGCGGCUGGCCAGGAACCGUAUGACUGCUUGGUGACGUUUGCGGCGCCCUCGGAAUGCGACUUGGUGCUUCGUGCCUUGUUACUUGAACCCCAACAGAAGCUGUCCAAAUUGCCCAUGAAACUGCGCUGCUCGGCGCCUCCCGAGAUACCAGAACCUUUCACGGACGUGGGCGUCUGCCUUGCUGCCCAAUCCAUUUACAAGCUAGAAGGUGGAAGGUUUUCCAUCUACAACUUGCCAAGUCAUAGCUCUUUGUCUGGCCUUUGCCUACGGGUGCGCCAAAGCCUCACCCCAAUGGCCCCUGUGCAAGUGUCCCGUAUUCGGGUUCUGGCCUAUGAGACUGUCCUGGGCGCCGACACGACGGCACAGCAGUUGAUCAAUAAAAGCUCGACCUUAUUGCUCGAUACUCUCAUCCCGUUGCUCGGUCGCCGAGACGUUCUUUCUUAUCGUCUUGCGGACGUUUAUUUGGCUGCAGCGGUGGUGCUGGAGAUUGUCGAAUAUCAAGGGCCAUCUGCUCAACACAACUUGUCUCUGAGUGUUUUUUGA